AUCUGCCUUCCGAACAGACAGGCUUCUUUCUAUUCACUACCUACUGAUUCACAAAUAUGCUACCAGGAUUCCUGAUUUCUCUAGCUUGGAUUAUUGGCAUGAACUUUGCUUAUUCAGAACGUGAGCACUCAGAAAACACUUGUCCUCUUGGAUUCUUCCCUUGUGGUAAUAUCACAAAGUGCCUUCCCCAGUUUAUGCACUGCAAUGGAGUGGAUGAGUGUGGAAAUCAAGCCGAUGAAGAUAAUUGUGGAGACAAUAAUGGGUGGUCUCAGCAACUUGACAAGCACUUUGAGAAACACUAUGAGAAGUUUGGUGUGAAUAUCUAUGACUCUGAGAUGAAGGAAGCAGAAUGCUUGCUUGGGGAAGUGCCAGCUCAGUGUUUGUGCCGUGGCUUAGAACUUGACUGUGAUGGAGCCAAAUUACGAGGUGUCCCUUCUGUCUCCUCAAAUGUGACCAUGUUGUCAUUGCAGUAUAAUCUGUUGAAGAAACUUGGCCCUGAUGCAUUUUACCAGUAUCCAGACUUGCGUUACUUGUAUCUACAGCAUAACAGGAUUAAGACUAUAUCAGUCAAUGCAUUCAGAGGACUCUACAACUUAACAAAACUUUACUUGAGUCAUAAUGCAAUAACCACGCUGAAGCCAGGAGUUUUCCGAGACCUUCACACCCUGGAAUGGUUGGUCAUUGAGAACAACAAAAUUAACCGGAUCUCUCCUCAUAUAUUCCAAGGAUUAAAUUCUCUGAUACUGUUAGUCAUGCUGAACAACAUCUUGGGUCGGCUGCCAGACAAACCCCUUUGUCAGUACAUGCCAAAACUGAACUGGUUAGAUUUUGAAGGCAAUUAUAUUCCUACCUUAAGGAACACAACGUUCAGUUCCUGUACUACUUUAACUGUUCUAGUUUUGCGGAAGAAUAAAAUCCUCACAAUAAGUGAUAACACGUUUUCAUCACUCUCUAGACUGGAUGAGCUAGACUUGGCUAAUAACAGAAUUGAAGAGUUUUCCCCAUCGCUACUUAAGGACAUGAAGGAAUUAUCACAGUUGAAUAUUUCCUACAACCCCAUGCAGAAGAUUCAACUGGACCAGUUUGACUAUAUACUUACACUGAAAUCUUUAAGUCUUGAGGGAAUUGAAAUACCAAAUAUUCAAAGAAGAAUGUUCAUGCCACUCAGAAAUCUCACUCACAUAUAUUUUAAGAAAUUCCAGUAUUGUGGCUUUGCCCCUCAUGUACGUAAUUGCAAGCCAAACACAGACGGCAUUUCAUCCCUGGAGAAUUUGCUUGCCAGUAUAGUACAGCGCGUGUUUGUUUGGGUUGUGUCUGUGGCUACCUGCUUUGGGAACAUCUUUGUCAUCUGCACACGGCCAUACAUCAGAUCAGAGAACAAGCUACAUGCUAUGUGCAUCAUUUCUCUUUGUUGUGCUGAUUGCCUAAUGGGAAUAUACUUAUUUGUUAUCGGAUACUAUGAUGUGAAAUACAGAGGUGAAUACAACAAGAAUGCCCAGGCCUGGAUGGACAGUACACAAUGUCGGCUAGUUGGAUCCUUAGCCAUUCUCUCCACAGAAGUCUCAGUCUUACUUCUUACCUACUUAACUUUGGAAAAAUACAUUUGCAUAGUGUACCCUUUUAGGUGUCUGAAACCAGGAAAAUGCAGGACGAUAACCAUAUUAAUACUUAUUUGGAUUCUCGGUUUUAUUAUAGCCUUCUUACCCCUCAGCAAUGAACAUAUUUUCCACAACUAUUAUGGAACAAAUGGAGUUUGUUUCCCACUACACUCGGAGCAACCAGAAACCACUGCAGCUCAGAUAUAUUCAGUAAUUAUCUUCCUUGGUGUGAACUUGGCAGCAUUUAUCAUCAUUGUGUUUUCCUACAGUAGCAUGUUUUAUAGUAUCCACCGAACUGCAAUUAUGGCCACUGAAAUCCACAACCACAUCAAGAAAGAAAUGACCUUAGCCAAGAGGUUCUUCUUCAUUGUCUUCACAGAUGCCCUGUGCUGGAUUCCUAUUUUCAUACUUAAACUUCUCUCCCUGCUUCAAGUUGUGAUACCAGGUUCCAUCAGUUCUUGGGUGGUGAUCUUCAUACUGCCAAUAAACAGUGCUCUGAAUCCCAUCUUGUACACCAUAACGACCAGACCAUUUAAAGAAAUGAUCUGUCAGAUCUGGAACAACUACAAACAACGGCGCUCUAUUGGGAACAAAAAUAGAGCCAAGGUUUACUCCCCAUCCUUCUUCUGGGUGGAGAUGUGGCCAUUACAAGACAUUUCUGCUGAAAUAAUGAGACCUGGUCUUUACACGGACUCUGAAGUAUCAGUAACUACUCACGCCACAAGACUGAGCUACGCAUAG